CUGUCCUCGCCCCGACAGAGAUAGUGGAGAACGUGAAGAACGGCGGGCACCCAGCCUUCAGGCCGAGCGUGGAGGACGAGGCGGCCGAGGAGGAAGUGAUGCAGAUGAUGAAGAGAUGCUGGGCCGAGGAGUGCAUGGAGCGACCUGACUUCCAGCAGCUCAAGACUAUUAUCCGUAGGCUCAACAAGGACAACGAGUCAGGGAACAUCCUGGACAACCUACUCUCCAGGAUGGAACAAUACGCCAACAACCUGGAGGCCCUGGUACAGGAGCGGACAGCUGACUACCUGGAGGAGAAGCGCCGCUGUGAGGAACUUCUCUACCAGCUCCUACCUAGGUCUGUAGCCAGCCAGCUGAUUGCAGGGAAGAGCGUGGUGGCUGAGACUUACGAUUGUGUCACCAUCUACUUCAGUGAUAUAGUGGGCUUCACGGCACUCUCUGCACAAUCCACACCACUACAGGUGGUUGAUCUACUAAACGACUUGUACACGCGAUUUGAUGCCAUUAUUGAAAAUUUUGAUGUAUAUAAGGUGGAGACUAUUGGUGAUGCGUACAUGGUGGUGUCAGGGCUGCCGAUGAGGAACGGGAGCCAACACACGCGGGAGAUCGCCAGCAUGUCUCUAGCGCUCCUGAGGGAGGUGGAGACCUUCACCAUCCGCCACCGCCCCACUGACAAGCUCAAGCUGAGGAUCGGCAUGCACACAGGGCCAUGUGUGGCCGGGGUGGUUGGCCUCAAGAUGCCUCGCUACUGUCUCUUCGGUGACACUGUUAAUACAGCUUCGCGCAUGGAGAGCAACGGCCAGCCCUUGAAAAUCCACGUUUCUCCAACUACACAAAAGGUGCUAGCAGAACACUAUCCGUCAUUCAUACUCGAGUUACGAGGAGAAGUCGACAUGAAGGGCAAAGGAAGAAUGAAUACAUACUGGCUGCUGGGAAAACAUGAGACAGGCCCGUAGAGCAAUGCUCUCGGGCAUAUUCAGUCUCCAGAACUAUUCUGACUACCAGGACCUCACCGUCUCUACCCUCGAGACCUUCCAGGACCUCACCGUCUCUACCCUCGAGACCUUCCAGGACCUCACCGUCUCUACCCUCGAGACCUUCCAGGACCUCACCGUCUCUACCCUCGAGACCUUCGUUGUUGUAUGUUAAAGGACGUUGCCAAAUCUCCAAACCAUCCACUUUAGCAAACGCACUAACACAUUCCCCCAGAAUAUGUAAAUUAAUAACUCAAA